CUGCGCACUUGGGACCUAAAAGGCGCUCUGCGGAAUUUCGGCGGCUUACACUUAGCGCCGGGGGUCCUUGGAGCCUGGAGACUGAGGGCUGUGAGGGAAGCUCCGUGGUGGCCGCUGCUCUUUUGAAGGAAUCGAGCGCGGGUCGGGCCAGGUUUUGCGGACCAGGUCGAGGCCCUGCCGGUCUCCACAGAAGGUGUAAGAAGUGAAACGAAUCGCCGCUGCGCCUCCAAAAGCCAGGUUCUUUCUCUGGCUUCUGUGGACUCUGCUACUCCAGUAAAUGACCCUUGAGGAAAACUGACAGUUCUUGCAACUCUGAAAUCAUGGCACAUGAUUUGGUGAUGUUCAGAGAUGUGACUGUAGACUUCUCCCAGGAAGAGUGGGAAUGCCUGAACUCAAAUCAGAGGAAUUUGUACAGAGAUGUGAUAUUAGAGAACUAUAGCAACUUCGUGUCACUGGGCGGUUGUUCCAUUUCUAAGCCAGAUGUGAUCACUCUAUUAGAGCAAGGGAAAGAACCCUGGAAGGUUGUGAGGGAUGAGAAAAGAAGAUGGAGCCUAGAUUUGGAAUCCAGAUACGACACUAAAAAGUUAUCACAAGUAAAGGAUAUUUGUGAAAUGAAUUUAUCUCAGUGGGAGAUAAUGGAAAGAAUUAGAAGUUGUGGCCUUGAAGACUCCUUUUUCAGGGAAGAUUGUGAAUAUAAAAUGUUUGAGGGACAAGAGGGUCUUCAAGAGGCAUAUUUUAGGCAAGUGAAAAAAACCACCUCUGAAAAAAUACCCCAGAACAGAAAAUACACAUCUCUUACCCUCAACCAGAGAAUUCACAAUAGAGACAAACCCUAUGAAUGUGGUGAUUGUGGGAAGGCCUUUAGAGUACGCCAACAACUUACUUUCCAUCAGAGGAUUCACACUGGUGAGAAACCCUAUGAAUGUAAGGAAUGUGGAAAAGCCUUUAGACAGUGUGCCCACCUUAGUCGACAUCAGAGAAUUCAUGUUUGUGACAAACUCCUUGAAUGUAAAAGAUGCGGAAAGAUCUUUACAUGUGUUGCAGAUCUUCGUGUACAUCAGAGAACUCAUGUUGGUGAGAAGCCCUAUGACUGUAAGGAAUGUGGGAAGGCCUUUAAAGUGCGAGGACAACUUAAUCUUCAUCAAAGGAUUCAUACUGGCGAGAAACCCUACGAAUGUAAAGAAUGUGGGAAGACCUUUAGACAAUAUGCUCAUCUUUGUCGACAUCAAAGACUUAAUAUUGCUGAGAAAAGCUAUGAAUGUAAGGAAUGUGGGCAGGCCUUUCUGUGUAGUACAGGCCUUAGAGUGCAUCACAAACUUCACACUGGUGAAAAACCCUAUGACUGUAAGGAAUGUGGGAAGGCUUUUAGAGUGCGGCAGCAACUUACUCUUCAUCAGAGAACUCAUACUGGUGAGAAACCCUAUGAUUGUAAGGAAUGUGGGAAGACCUUUAGUCGUGCCUACCAUCUGACUCUCCAUCAGAGAAUUCAUACUGGUGAGAAACCUUAUGAAUGUAAGGAAUGUCAGAAGUUCUUUCGUCGUUACUCAGAGCUUAUUUCCCAUCAGGGCAUUCAUAUUGGAGAGAAACCUUAUGAUUGUAAGGAGUGUGGGAAGGCCUUCAGACUGUUCUCACAACUUACUCAACAUCAGAGUAUUCAUUUUGGUGAGAAACCUUAUAAGUGUAAGGAAUGUGAGAAGACUUUUAGACUGCUCUCCCAACUUACUCAACAUCAGAGUAUUCAUACUGGUGAGAAACCCUAUGACUGUAAGGAAUGUGGAAAGGCCUUUAGACUUCAUUCAUCACUUACUCAGCAUCAGAGAAUUCAUUCUGGUGAGAAACCAUACAAAUGUAAGGAAUGUAAGAAGGCAUUUAGACAACAUUCACAUCUUACUUACCAUCAGCGAGUUCAUAAUGUAACUAAAUAAUUAUAAGAAAGCCAUCCAUCGUGAAUUUUGUGUUAAGGAUCAUUAGAAAAUAGAUUCUGGAGGAAAAGUGUUUGAUUGUAGGGAUCCCUUUUGCUUCAUGCUUAGAAUUAAAAUGAGAGAUUUUAUUUAAAAGAACAUGUUAACUUAAUACAUAGAAAUCUUUCGUCACCACUCAAAUCAUGUUAAACUUUAGGAAAUUCCUUCUUCAGAGAAACUCUUAAAGGAGUGAAUGUGGAAAAGCUUUUGAUCCUAACCUAUUAUCACUUCUUUUUUCAUCUGUACAGUAUACCUAUGGAGGCUGCCAAGGCACCAGCUCAUUCUGGAAAUUGAUAGAUAAAAGGAAAGAAAAGUCAGUUAGCCUGCAUUUCCUUCCAUUUCAAGGCAACUAGAAGUUGAUGAGUUAAAGUUCUUUAUUAGAGAAUUUUCCAACAUAUAAUGACCUAAUGAAUCUAGGCAUGAUUCUCUGUAGAGUUGUUAAGACCAUUAGGUGAGGUUGAUACAAACUUCUUAGUGAACAGAUCAGGUUGACAACAUCUGAACCCACUGAUUAAUUUUAAUCUCAUAAAAAAUAAGACAAAACAUUUUGUGCCUCCUAAAAAGAUACAAUAAGACAACAUUGCCUAAAAAUAUUGAACCUGAACCUAAUUAUCUAUCAAGAUCUAACUCCCAGUUUGGAGAAAAUGCAGUAAACAGGAACAAAUUACGUGGCACAACAAGAAGCAGACAAAUCUAAAUUGUGGGUAAUUCUACAAUAAUGACCUAAUUUCUCAACCAAUAAAAUGGCACUGGAAAAAGGGGAGAUGGAACUCUUAGAUAUUAAAAGAGUUUGAAGAGAUAUAUCAAUCAAAUGCAAUGAAUGAGUGGUUUUUUAGACCACAAAUUGAACAAACAUAAGACUUUUUUAUAACAAUUGGGGAAAUGGGAAUAUUGACAGUAUUAGAUAAUAUUAAGAAAUUAUGUUCUUGUAAGAUGUGAUAAUAGCAUUGUGUUUAUGUAAAAGUGUCUUAGAGGUGAAUUAGGAAGUUUAUACACGUAAGAUGGUAUGUCUAGAACUACCUUUAAAAUGCUCGUGUAAAAGAAGUGUGGAUGGAUAACUUGUUCAUCAGAAUCAUGGUAAGAUAAGCCUUGGGUACAUGGUUUUUGCUUGUUUAUUUUGUUUUUGCUGUUUUCAUGUAUUUGACAUUUUCCAUAAUGUUUUCUUAAAGAUAAAAUAUGAAAUUACAACCAGCUUGAAGUGAAUGGUUUUUAUAAAUGGCUGCAUAUCAGAACAUAUGGACUUUGCCAAAGCUCUGCACACAGGGAUAUUAAGUGUGCUAUAAUGUAUUUGGGAAAUUAAGGUUGAAAAUCCAGAUUUUAUCUAGUUCACCUAUUGCUACAUCUGUGUAGUGCUUGUCCCAUAUUACUUCAUAUAUUUAAAGAGUAAAAAGAGCAGUUACAACAAUUUAUUGAAAUUAAUGGAAUUAAUAUCAUAUUGUCUAAUAAGGUAGAUGGGAGCAACAUGUAGAGCUCUUGAGAACCUGAAUUGUGGCUAGUAUAAAUUAAAAUGGUGUUUUAUACAUGUAAAGUAUACAUGAGGUUUUGAAUACUUCGUUCUGAAGAAAGAAUAUAACAUCUCAGUUUCUCUGCUGUGGCGGGAAGCUGGAAUAUUCAGUGGGUUGUAUUACUGCAUAAUACAGACCCAAUUUAAACGUGUGUCUGCUCCUAAGUAGCAUGUUUACAUACUGAGGUCUCCUCGGUUCUACCCUGACUCAUGCUGGAUUAUUUUUUUUCCUUCUCUCCGUAAAAUGUAGCCCAUGUGUACAGCUGAGUAGUUUUCUCAGACUGUUUUUAGCCUGUGGAUGUUUAAAGAUCCAAAGGCCCUUUUUCACUUUGUAAUGUUUCUGUCCCAUUAAAUUCAAGCUUGCGGCACUUCAAGGAGUACAGUUCUCUUAAACACUGUAUUUUCUAUUAUCUUUAUUUUAUUAGGGUUCAUGUAAUUAGACAGAAGGUCAAUGGGCUGUUCUCUGUAUUGGGUACCCUGUGAGGCUACUGUGGAAAAAUGACUUUAAAAUUCUUAGAAGCCCUGCUGUUUCACAGAAAGGAUGAAAGUUGGCUUCAUCUUUACGUUGAGGCUGCAUUUUCAUGACAGCACCAUAUGUUUGAUUUUUCCUCCCUGAGCUCUCAGGCCCUUUAUAACUUUGAGAACCCUUUGCUACCUAUAAAAACUGUCAUGAACCCUCUCUAUUUCCUUGAAAUUCUACUUAAAAUAUGCAUCAGUUGAUACAAUGAGUAUGAUGUGAUUUUUUAAAUACACUUAAUAUGAUGGAUUACCUUUAUGGAUUUUCAAAUAUUGACUAAGCUUUGCAUCACUGGGAUAAACUCCAUUUGUAGUGUAUACUUGAAAAUAUAUAUUUUAGUGGGUUUGCUGUGACUUACUAAUUUGUUGAGGAUUUUUGCAUCUAUAUUCAUGAAAGUCUACAGUUUUGUUGUAUUCUUUUGUCUCAUUUUGGUGUCAGAUUGAUGGUGGUCUCAUAACAUGAGUUUGGAAGUGUUGCCUCCUUUUGAUUACUGGAAAAGGUAGUGUAGAAUUGGUGUUAAUUAUUCUUCAAGUGUUUGGUAGAAUUUUCCAGUAAUACCAUUUAGGCCUUGCAAUGGAGUGAAUGUGUCUCCUCAAAGUUCAUGUGUUGGCAUCCUAACCCCCAAUGUGAUGGUAUUAGGAGAUGGGGCCUCUCAGAGGUAACUAGGUCAUGAGGGUGGAGCCCUCCUGAAUGGGAUUAGUGCCCUUAUAAAAGGGACUGCAGAGCGUUCUCUCACCCUCUUCUGCCAUGUGAGUAUAUAACAAGAAAAUGGCAGUCUUUAAUCUGGAAGGUGUUUCUCACCAGAAACUGACCACUCUGGCACCUUAACGUCAGACUUUCAGCCUCUAACCUUGUGAGAAAUAAAUUUGUCUAUAAGCCACCCAGUCUAUGGUACUGUGAUAUAGAGCUGAUUAAGACAAAUUGGUACCAGAAGUGGGGUGCUAAUGUAACAAAUAUCUAAAAAUGAGGAAGCAGCUUUGGAGCUGAAUAGUGAGUGGAUAAAGGCUGAAAAACUUUUUACAUGCAUGCAAAAAAUACGAAUGUUAAGGCUCAUUCUGGUGAAA